GAAUCACGUGACAUGCUAUGCUUUGGAGACAGAAAAGAAGUGGAGUGGGAUCAAUAAUGUGUAAAAUCAGCCCUAAAACUCAACAUCAUAGGUGUUAUUUUAAAGGCGACGUGUACUAAAUGUGUGAAGGAACCAUUCUGUAGGUCUCCAUCACCAUAAACCUACAUCUGCAUCAUGACAUCCUGGGGUCAAAGAAUUUCCUGUUUUUUAUUGAGCCCGAGUCAGUUUUUGUCCUGCACCACAGCAGAGACCUUUUUAGCUGAAUUACUUGACAGACUGAGAGAUGACAAAACAAAUGACAACAAGAAGAUUCUCCUGCUGUCUGUGUUAUCAGAGCAUCCCACAGUCCUUUGCCCGACUACGUCAUCAGGAGAAGAGACGGCGCAGGAGCUUGUGUCCAUUCUCAACUUCACUCCUCUGAAAUCCGUCAGCCUGAAGUGCCACCUCAUUCUGGCCAUCACUAACGUUCUGAUCUGCACGUUCUGCUUGUCCAGCCGAACCAAAGUUGCCGAGGACUACUUGAACUUCCUGUACAUGUUGAUCCAAGACACGAACGAUAACGUGGGUGGUCCGAGUCUCCACUCGGUCCGAACCAUCGCUUGCGAAUGUCUUAGAGAGAUGGAGACCUGCCACCCGGGCCUUCUGUCCCAAAAGCUAGAGAUUCUUUACCACUUAAAACAGCAUGAAACGACCGUUCUGCAUCAGUCGUACUGCAUGCUCUACACUCAGGCGCUUAAAAACGCGAUCCGGAUUCUGUCCCAACAAGAAGAUGUGGAUAACGCCAAGCUCAGGAGCGUCUUAGCCGGGAACGAAGGAUUUGGAUGGAUAUCUGCCAAGAUUGCAAAUUCUGUGCUGUCUGUCAACAGUGCGCAGGUUCCCCAGCUGCCGACAUCGCUGGAUUUCAAAGAGCUCAAGUCCAUAAUGUCCUUGCUCUUGGAGGAAUCCUACUUGAUGACGACUCCUUCGCAGGCUGCCUUGCUCCGAGGACUUGUCGAGAUGGUGGCAAUGGUACCGGGCAUCUCUCCAGCCAUAUUCAAGUCUCAGCUCCUCAGGCUUUUUGGAACGACCCAAGUGGAGCUGAUGCACGCUACAAUGUUUAUGAAAGGAAUGUUCACUGACAGCCUCUUCACCGCAGAGGACGAGCAUUUCCUGCUGAAGCGGCUUGUCGGAAUGGCACAACACCCCCUGCUGAGGAUUCCAGAGAAGCUCUUUUACAUAGACUGCAUUCUUCACUUUCCCGAGAACAGACCCAUCUCUAGCAGUGGAGAGGAGUGCUUGCCUGUCCUCGUCACACCUCAGCUCACCCGAUUCCUCUUCCCCACCGUCUUUAAUGACAGCACAACGAUGCUCUGUAAACUAAAUCUUCUCUGUCUGGUGCACCUUGAGGCAAACGAGGAAGAGGACGGGCGAGGUCUGGGGUAUCUGAUCGAUCACGUGAUGGCUCUACUCAGAAUAGUAGACAAUCACGGAGGCAGGGAAAUGUUGGUGACAUCUUUCCGGGCGAUUUUCAUUUUCCUCCAGCACUUCAACCACAUGGAGAACCUUGCAGAGAAACUCAUCCGACGCUUACGCGAGCUGUAUUCCAGAAACUGUCACCUUGCACCGAAUCUGAUCAACCUCACCGACCGGAUACAGGAGCAAUUAGACGAUUCACUUUGGCCGGUCCAGUUGUUGAAAACUCUUCAGAGGUGCAUUGUGGAAAUGCCACCUUCUCAACUGACCCUUCAGAGUUUGGUUUGGCAUCUUAAAAUCCUGGCUCGAGUAGCACAGGAGAGUCAGAUUGCCCAGAGAAGUACCAUCUGCUUCCUUCUUGACAUCCUGGUCAAUUCCAACCUUUGCGAAAGGAGGAGCUGGAAUGUCGGCACCGCCAUUCUCGCGGUAUGCCGCAACUUGCUCCAGCACCCUACUCUGAACCAGAUGUUUAUCCAACUUGCAGAUUUCCUGCAGCACAUGUCCAAACACUACGAGGACACGGAUAUUCAAGACCACGCUCGGUUCUACUACAACCUUCUUACCAACUUGUCCUGGGAAAAACUUGCCGGCAUCCUCGCCAAAGCCCCCGUAGGAGGACAGGCCAAAGUCCGGUCGUUGUCGUCGUUGUCCUCGAUCACCGCCAGUGAAGAACUCGGCAGUUGUUUGACGAUCCUUCAGGCUGAGAUUUGCGUCCUUCAGCUUGUAAAGAUUAAAAAUAACGCUACUCGGGAUGUAGUUCCGAACACAGAAGCCCAGACGGAGAUGGACGUGUUCAAGGAUUACCGGAAGCACCUCGAUACCCCGGGCUUUGCCUCAGAGGUCACUUUGAGGUACCUCCUGACUCAUGCCGACACCUCGGCCCCUCGAUUCAAUCGGAUCUUCACCAUAUGCCUGCAUUUUGAGGUUGACACGUCACACUAUGCAAGAGUGAACGACAUCUACGUGCCUUGCCUUUUUAGAGACAGGAAGCCGCAUGAAGUCUGCGUCACCCUGAAGCCGUAUCACCCGUACCCGACGACUUUAAGAGCAAGUGCCAUUUUCGCAACGGAAGAUGGCCAGUCUUGGCACACUCAUCUCCCGGACGUUAAAGUGUCCUUCCCUGAGAUUUUUCUACCCGUGCCUUUACCUCCUGGUACGCCGCUUCGGCUCAAGGAGGACGUGUUCGAUCGUCUUUGGGACGGUAUGUCCUCGAGGGAACCCAGCGCUUCAGAGAUAAGCCUUUUUUGUUUUAAGACAGGAAGUGACACUCUCGGGGAUCUGAUUAAGACGCAUUUCCAAGGUUAUGUAAUUUCACAGGAACUGAACAAAUGGAAGGUUCUGUUUUUCCUUCCGCCGCUUUUUCACGUUUUACUGAUGAUCAGAGAAGGUGAGGAUGCUGUGCAAACGAGCGUUGCGACAGACAACUGGGAACUACUGCCUCACGUCAACACCUACUUAGAAAACAUAAUGUCACACCGUAGCCCGACAAGCUGAUGACUCGAGGCUACGCAAUGAUGCCUCGGGUGUGUGUUGAAUUUUAAUCAAAUACGCAAAUUUUAUCAUGUUCGUCUUACGUUUACAAAUCGAUCGCAUUGAAUUUCUAUACGUAACAAAACAACGUCCAGUCCAGACUUAUACGUACUGUAGUAAAUAAUCAAAACUGCUGUAAUAAAAUAUGAUCACACA